AUGUUUAAACCGCAAUACAUGCAAACGAUUUUCAAACAUUCAAUGAAAUCAACAAGGUCCAUUUCCUUCUUAUCAAAACAAUUCCCAACAAUUUCACCCAAAGCUACCAAUUCAGCUUCUCCAAGUGCCAUUGCAAUAGCUAGCAGAUCAUUGUUCAAGACAAACCCUUUAUUUUUCUCCUCCUCCUCCUCCUCCUCAUCAUCAUCAUCAUCAUCAUCCAUUUUCAAACUCCUACUUUCAAGUGCAGGUGCUUCUUUCUUAUUAGUCACUGCAUUUUCCAAAAACAUCUAUAAUGACUCCCUACUCCAACAGCAACCCCCCAUUUUACAGAGACAACAAGAGUCUUUGAAGGACUCUAAAGUAGUCAAUCCCAAAACUAACUACACAGAAUCGAGAUUUAAUAAUGUAUUAAACUAUAAAGAUUUGACCCUUGGUUCGGUCACUGGUUUAUUUGUGGGAAUAAUCUUGGGUAAAUUAUCUCAAGUGUUUCUCUUUGUUUCGCUAAGUUCAUUCCUUUUAAUUGAAUUUUUGGAAAAUAGACAAAUCAUUUCAAUACCAUGGACCAAAAUCGUAACGAUUGGCAAGAAUAGAAUCAAUUUAAAAGAGUUGAUUUUUGAUAAACCAAGUUUCAAAAUCUCAUUCUUCUUGAGUGUCCUCAUCGCUGCUGCUUGUAAUGCAUAA